AUGCCUUCCAAGGGCGUAAGGUGCUUCACAUACAUCGCCGUUGACGGGGUGGAGAUUGAGUACACAGUACCAAAACAAAGCGUCAAGCUCAGCUCUCAGCGUCAAUUCCUCCACGACCACCUUGAAGUAGAGUCAUCCAACCUGCCCCAUUUCAAGUUCACGGGAAACUUCGAAUUCAUCGUUCGCCAGCACGGUCAAGAACUCACAAAUCAAUGGGUUGCAAUCAACAGCAUGACAGGCAAGCUAGAAGAUGGCACAAUGGUAAAAAUGGAUCAAACACCUAGCAUCUUCGCCAACGAUCUCAUCAUCACCUAUGGAUUCUACGACGCUGGACCAGGGUUGGCGGAGUUGCCAAAACAACAUCAGUGUUAUAUCACUGUUAGCAAGAAUUACGAGAACUGGAUGCGCGAUGUCAUCCCACAAGGCUCAGAAAAAUCGCACCGUCCUUUCCAUAAAAUGGUUCUACCGUCCUCUCACGACAUUGGAAUGAACAACAUGUCCAGCAGCCUCUCCCUCCUCAAGAACGCAGGUACAGGCGUCAUCAAAGAAGUCCUCGGCCGCAGCCUUCCCCACGCCCUAUCCAUCAUCAACAAAGUCGGCGACGGCGCCAUAAACCGCAUCGCACCAGACAUUAUCCGCGCACUAGCUAUAACGCAGAAGGACACGCUCGACACCAUCCUCAAGAUCGGCGCACGAUACUUUGAAUUCCGCCCCGCAAAGUGCCAUCGCCAGAUGCAAAAGGUGAAUUCCCUCGAGGAUACGUGGUAUUUCCAACACGGCGCCAUACCCGGUAUGCCGUAUCGCGUAUUACUCGACCACAUCAUCCGUUUCCUGGACGAGCACAAGGACGAGAUCAUCGUCGUGCACAACAGAUGGGACGGUGUGCCAGCAGACUGUCCGCGCCCCACCGACGAAGAAUUACUCAGCGUACUCACGCCGCUCCUCGCGGGCAAAGAGCUCAAAGUAGGCAACCAGGACGCCAUGAUGCGGGAAUCUAUUCACAAUCUGCGCGCGAGCCACACUCGCCUCAUUCUCCUAAAGGACUGUGCGCAGGUCUCAAAUUACGACGACGCUGCCAAUGCUACGUUGACUGGCGACUCCAUGGUCGCUAAGCUAUCGGACAUGGCCGAGGACCCGCCAAAGGGUCACCCUAUCACGCUGCUGCAGUGCCAGGCUACAGCGACGAAUAUUAGAGAUGUCAUCGUUGCUAGCGUGCUGGAUAGCGAUGUGAGUACGAGUCCGAUCCUCGCGACGAAGCCGGUGUGUGAUGGCAAGAUACUGCCGCUGCUGAGGGGCGAUAUGGGGAAGAAGUUGACGAGUGAGGAGAGUGUCGUGGUUAUACUUAAUGACUUUUUUGAUGGUGCGACGGCAGAUGUGGCAAUAGAGUUAUGUGAGGAAAGGUUG